AUGCAAAAGUAUUCACCAAUCAACAUAUUCUUGAAAACAUUCUCAGUUAUCUCUCAGAUGACUUCAGGAAGAAUUUGGAUGUUAGAUUGUUUUCUAAAUACUGUAGUUGGUGUCAAAGUUGAGAAGAUUACGACAAGAAGGUUAUGGCUGUUGGAAGAGAUAUUCAAGCGUAGACUUCAUGACCUCAUUCAUUCUCAAUUGAUUGGGACUAAUGGAACACACAUCCAAACAGUGAUUGGAUUGGAGGAAGCAUGUGAUGGGUGUGAGAAGUGUUCCAACAUUGCUAAGAAGUGUAUAGAAUAUGGUCCAUUAAGAUUCAGUACACUACAAACUAUGACUUAUUCAAAGAACUACAAGAAACUACAUGUAACUGAUAAACUAUUCGAAGACAUUGCAGAGUACUGUAUCUCUAAGUCAAAAAACAAAGAAGAAUGUUUCAAAGAACUGGAUAAAACUAUUCUCUCGGCCAUCUCUUGUGAUAAACUCGCUAUUUGGAUCAGUGAGACCAGAGUAAUCCCGGAUGAAGAAAUGCGUGACCACAUGCAUAUGCCACGAGAAGUUAUAGAUACCAUUCUGAGAAAAUGGAAUGUAAAAUCGAUAAAACUUAAUAUAUUGCAUUACACGAAUGAAUCAGAGUGCAGAAUCGAAUGGCUACAGUAUGACUAUUUCACUCGAGUCAGAUUGAAGGAUCCAUAUUGGGAAACUAAGCAAUCAGAUUUGAAAUUUAACCAUGUCGAAGUAAGUUUAUCCUAUUCACUAGACUGCGUAAAAGGCUUGGGAAACCUUCCUGGAGAAACGGAACCUCCGGCAGGAUACGACAAUUUCAUUCCAAAUAUCAGAAGACUGUUUCCGACAGAUCAAAUAUUGAUGGAACUGACCCAUUGGUAUUUUGUACCCAAAAUCGAUAUCGAGAAGAAAAUGUCAACUAUAUUAAAAGUGGUCACCAUGGAAAUACACAAGAAGUUGAGUUUAGAUAUCAAGUUUUUUGUGGAAUCAGGAAUUGUCAAAAUGCUCAAUGAGGAGACAAAUAGGGUAGAAUUGUUGGGAGUCGCUUCGGGAUAUGUUCAUCAAGAGAAGAGGCUGCAUUGUUUCAAGAAGUCUUCACCUUUCAACGGAAAUCAUGGUCCGGAAGUAUUCCUUGACAAUAGAUGGAUUGGUAGAAGAUUUCAAAUGAGAAAUACUGUCAAUCAAUUCAAUUUCAAUUUGGAUGUUUAUAUCAAGGAGAAGGAAUUGGAAGAGAAAUUCGAUAAGGAACUUCUACAAGAAUAUCCUAAUUCUUUCGUUGGACACUUUUUUGCAUAA